AUUAGGCUGUCUGUUGCUUGAUGGUAUAAAUCAUAGUCACAAGAGCUUGCAUCCACUACUGCUAUUUUUAAAACCAAUUUAAUCAUGAAAGGAUAUUUUUUGAUUACCUGUGCGAUGUUGUCUUUGUUUUGGUGCUCAGGGCACACGCUUGAGUGUUUUAGAUGUGAUCUUGGAUUCUGGAAUCUGUGCUAUACUACGAAGACAAACUGCAGUGAUGAUGAGAUGUGUUAUGUAGGGAUUGGUAAAGCAGCCGGAGUCUUGGAUAUAAAGGUGAUGGGUUGUCUUGUGACUGAGGAGUGCAACAGGACGACAGUUGUUGAGUUUCUGUCCAAUAAGUCUUUAUACAGCAUGAAGAAGAGCUGCUGUGAUGAUGACUUUUGCAACGCAGGCUCAGCACUCCAAUUUUCCCUCGCUUCUCUUUCGCUUACCGUACUUAUAAUUGCUCAGAUGAUUGGUUUAUUUUGAUGUGUAUAUUUACGUCAAUACCCCAAUUUUAAUAUGCUACAUGGGUUAACUAAUGCUACGUUUGUUUUGUCCACUUAUUGUUCAUUUAUAUUGUUCAUCACUUAAUCACUGGAGCUUUGCUUUUUUCUAGCUAGAUGACUUUUGUAUUAGUUCAGAGGGUUAGAUGUUACGGUGGUACAUUUAGCCCAUAAUUCAAAAGUACAUCUAAAGUUUAAGCUGUAGUCGUCCCAUUUGGGUCUGUGUUCAAUAAAUCAAAUAAAUUAUUGUGAAAUUUAAAA